GCCGUAAAGUCUAGCGCGAGCGCUAAUUUAACGCGCUCAUAUUUCGUUUGUGUUCGAAACAACAUAACCAAAAUUUACAAGCCCCUAAUUCACUCAUCCCGCCUAGAAAAACAUAGUCGGAACUCACAUAGUGAAUGUGAGCAUUCUUGUUCUGCUGGAGUUCUGAAGAAAUUCCGUUGGAGUUUUACUCUCCAUGGCUGAAAAGCUGGAGCAGCAGCUGAAAGAACUGGGAUCCAGGUUGGAGAAACCUCCUUCUUCAGCAGACGCUUUGGUUGGACUCUUGAAGCAAUGCGUGGCAUGCCUAUCUGAGUUGGACCAGUCACCUCCAAAAUCAAUGCUGGAGGCCAUGCAACCUUUCCUAAAUGCAAUUGCCGAGCCAGAACUUAUGAAUCAUCAAGAUCAAGAAGUAAAACUUUUUGUUGCUGCUUGUCUCUGCGAAAUAACUCGAAUUACUGCACCGGAGCCCCCUUAUGAUGAUGAUACUUUAAAGGAUAUUUUCCAAUUGACUGUCAGUACUUUCAGUGGCUUAAGUGAUACAAGGGCCCCGACAUUUGCAAAUAGAGUUGUUAUUCUUGAUACUUUGGCAAGAUACAGAUCCUGUGUGGUGAUGUUGGAUCUCGAAUGUGAUGAUCUCAUAAACGAAAUGUUCAAUACUUUCUUUGCUGUUGUCAGAGAUGAACAUCAUGAGAAUGUAUUGACUUCAAUGCAAACAAUAAUGGAGGUUCUCAUAGAAGAAAGUGAGGAUGUACAGGAAAACCUUGUACUUACAUUGUUGUCUGUGUUAGGCCGUGAUGAGGAGGAUGUGACGAUGGCUGCGAGGAGACUUGCUAUGAGUGUGAUAGAGAAUUGUGCCGGGAAACUAGAACCUGGCAUAAAGCAAUAUCUUGUGUCUUCAAUGUCUGGAGAUAGCAGCUCUGUGAAACCUGAUAUCAGUUACCAUGCUGUGCUUUAUAAUAUUUACAAGUGUGCUCCUCAAAUCUUGACAGGAGUUGUUCCCUAUAUUAAUGGAGAGCUAUUGCGUGAACAAGUGGACACUCGUUUGAAAGCAGUGGGUUUAGUCGGUGACCUCUUUGCUCUGCCUGGAUCUACAAUUUCCAAAGCAUUCCAGCCAGUCUUCACAGAGUUUCUGAAAAGGCUCACUGAUAGAGUGCUAGAGGUUAGGAUGGCUGUCCUUGCACAUGUCAAGUCUUGUCUUCUGGUCAAUCCAUUCAGAGCUGAAGCUUCUCAAAUAAUAUCUGCCCUUUGUGAUCAUUUGUUGGACGACGAUGAGAUUGUGCGUAAACAAGUUGUCUCUAUCGUUUGUGAUGUAGCAUCAAAUGCCCCCUCAUCCAUAAAAGUUGAAACAAUCAAGCUGAUCUCGGAUCUACUUCAAGACAAAUCUCUCCUGCUUAAAAGAUAUACUAUGGAGAGGUUAGCUGACAUACAUCGAGUAUCUUGCAUAAAUCGGUCUGAAAGCUCGGCGGAGAAUGAUGCAUAUGACUGGAUUGUCGGGAAGAUCCUCAGAUGCAUCUAUGAUGAAGAUUUUGGGUCAGAUAAAAUUGAACCCAUUCUCUCUCUAUCCUUGUUUCCAAAUGAUUUUUCUGUCAAGGACAAGGUGACGAAUUGGAUCAGAAUUUUUGCUGGGUUUGACAAAAUUGAGGUGAAGGCUCUUGAGAAGAUACUAGAGCAGAAACAAAGGGUACAACAUGAAAUGCAAAAAUACAUUUCCCUUAGACAGUCGCCUGAGGAAAGUGAUGGCUCUGAGACCCAAAAGAAAGUAAUGCUUUGUUUCCGUGUUAUGUCCCCAUGUUUUAGUGAUCCAGCAAAGGCGGAGGAGAACUUUAAGAUUCUUGAUCAGUUAAAAGAUUCAAAGUUUUGGGAACAUUUAAAGCAACUUGUUGAUCCAAACACAAGCUCUCCACAGGGCAUCAGUGUACGGGAUGAAUUACUGAAGGUCCUUGGCCACGAACAUCGACUUUAUGAGUUCCUGAGCUCUCUGUCAUUGAAAUGCUCGUAUAUACUUUUUGAUAAAGAUCAUGUAAAAGAAGUCCUUCAGGAGGCUGGUGUGCUGAAGACUUCUGGAAAUAAUGACCUAAUAUUAUCUUGCAUGACUAUUCUUGUGAUUCUUAGUCGAUUUUGCCCAUUACUGCUUGGUGGGAUUGAAGAAGACUUGGCAUGUCUUCUUGAGGAUGACAAUGAAAUUAUAAAAGAAGGUACUUUACAUAUUCUUGCAAAGGCUGGGGGUACAAUUCGAGAACAAUUGGGUGUUUCAUCAAGAUCAUUAGACCUUAUUCUUGAGCGGAUAUGCUUCGAGGGUAACCGAAGGCAAGCUAAGUAUGCUGUCCAUGCUCUGGCAUCCAUCACAAAAGAUGCUGGGCUCAUGUCACUCUCUGUUCUGUACAAGAGGCUUGUUGAUAUGCUUGAAGAAAAGAUGCAUUUGCCAGCUGUGCUGCAAUCUCUUGGAUGCAUCGCACAAGCUGCUAUGCCAGUCUUUGAAACAAGAGAAAGUGAGAUUGAAAAGUUUAUUAAGGAAUAUAUACUGCAACGCGAACAUAUGGUCGAAGAUAAAGAACCUGGUUAUUGGGAUGAUAGAAGCGAACUAUGUUCUUUAAAAAUCUUUGGGGUUAAAACACUGGUCAAGAGCUAUUUACCUGUCCAGGAUGCCCAUCUUCGUUCUGGAAUUGAUAGGCUAAUUGAAAUCCUCAAGAAUAUACUAUCUUUUGGUGAGAUCUCAAGAGAGAUCAAAUCAAGUUUGAUUGAUAAAGCUCAUAUGAAGCUUGCUGCAGCAAAAGCUGUUCUUCGCUUAUCAAAGCAUUGGGAGCACAAAAUUCCUAUUGAUGUCUUUUAUCUUACACUGAGAACUUCGGAGGACAAUUUUCCUGACGUAAAGAGAACAAUAUUCAACAAGAUUCAUCAGUAUGUAAAGGAUCGAAAUUUAGAUCCUAAAUUUGCUUGUACCUUCCUACUAGAUAUUUCAUCUCAGCAGUCAGAUUUGGAAGAGAACAAGCGGAACUUGAAUGACAUCGUCCAGAUGUUUCGACAAGGAAGGGUACAGCAUUAUUCUUCACAGGCUGAUCCAAAUUCUCCGUCACUUUAUCCAGAACACUUGCUUUUAUAUGUAGUCCACUCCCUUGCUCAUCAUCCUUCAUUUCCCAAUAUUGAUGAAUGCAAAGAUGCAAAAGCAUAUGAAGCUAUGUACAGGCAGCUGUAUCUAUUCCUGUCUAUGCUGCUGGAUGGGAAAUCAGAUGGAAAUAUUGAUGUCAGGGCUACCAAGGACAAAGGGACUGUUUCAUUAUUGUAUUCUAUUUUCUUAUGCAUCAAGCAUUCUGAAGAUGUUUUCGAUUCAACUAAGUCCAAGAAUUCAUAUGCUCUGUGCGAUCUUGGUUUAUCAAUUCUGAAAAGAUUAGCUCCAAAACAAGUUGAUCCUCAAGACUCAAGCGCGUCUGUGAUCCUACCGUCUGUGCUUUAUAAACCACUUGAAAAGAAAGAAGAUGAUGAGUUGCCGUUUGGUCAAGAGAAGACAUGGUUGGCAGAUGAUUGUGUCUUGGCCCAUUUUCAGUCACUUGAAUUGGAAGCUAAUGGAAUGGUAAACUCAGUUAUUGAGGAUGACAUCUUGAAGGAAAGUGAAACAGAGCCUUUGGCAAAGUUAAUGAAACGACUAAAAGCUAAAGCAGCAAAGGCGAGAAAAGAGGUGAAGAAUGAGCCUGCACCUGCUGUAGGGGCAAAUGCAAAUGAAUUUGAUAUAUUAGAGAUGGUUAAGGAAAUAAAUUCUGAUAAUCUCGGUACAAACAUCAAACCUGGGUCAAGUAACGGACUUGAGCAGGUUCAUGAAAAGGAAGAGAGCAGCAAUAAGCUUCAGAAAAGGAAAUCACUGUUUAGUAAAUCAAUGGAUGUUCCUGUGCCAAAACGUAAGAGAACAGCAUCUACUCACUCUCGCAAGCCUCUACAAUCAAGCCCUUCAAAGGGCUCUGGGAGGCCUACUAAAAUAAAUCUAGAGAAUACUGAUGUUGGCACUGAGAAAAUUGAUGAAGAGCUUCCAACUAAAUCAAAACAGCAACCUAUAAAAGAAAAAAUAGCUAAAUCUGCAGAGUCUGACUUGGUAGUUUCACGUGUUGGAAAGAAAUCAAGUGCAUCCUCUAAGCAGAAGGGAAAACGAUCUGACAGAGAUCAAAUGAUAUCAUUCAUAGACUCUAUGAGUGCUAAGAAGUCAAAAAAAGUCGCAGAAACUGCAAAAAAACAUUCCAGCUCUGGUAAGGUGGUACAUUUGAAGAAGCAAAAGCAGAAGAAAGUAAUAUCAAAGUGCACAACCAAGGAAAAUGGAAACUCCUCCCGUGACUUAAUUGACCAGCGAGUGAAAAUUUGGUGGCCUCUUGACAAAAAGUUCUAUGAAGGUGUUGUGAAGUCCUUUGAUUCAGAGGAAAAAAAGCAUGCGAUAUUAUAUGAUGAUGGAGAGGUUGAAGUUCUUUGUUUAGAGAAAGAACGUUGGGAGCUUCUUGAUAAAGGCAAAAAAACUGAGGUGGUCGAAAUACUGCCUAAUAAUUGUUCUUCUCUUACAUAUGCUUAUUUUCAUUUAGCUAAAGUUCUGACAGUGUUGGCACUUAAUUUGCAGAAGUCUGGUUCGCCGAAGGGCCUUCAUCCUAAAGGAGGAUCAUCUGGCAAGAAAAGGAAAUCUACUGCAGGCUCCGAAAGAAAUAAAGAACUUGAAGAGAAGUCCUUGUCGUCUAAAGCAAGAGGGAAAAGUACUCCACACAAAAGUGUAAAACAUAAGCAGAAGGAACAGUCAAAGAGUAAAUCCACAGUGGGAAGCAGUGGACACCCAGAUGUCGCGCACCUCAAAAAGUCUAAGCCCAGUUAUUUAGACUCAGGGAAAAAUAAGAGUAAAAAAAUCAGGAAUAGUGGGCCCAAGGAGAUAUCGAGUGACGACGAGAAACUAAACAACAAAGACGAUGACAAGGGGUCGCCUGAAGCAGAACUAAAUAAAGAAGAGGAAACUGAUUCUGAGAAUACGGAAAGUGAUGAUUUUGGUCGUGAUGCCCGGAAAUCCCAUGAUGGAGCUGAUGCCUCUUCUGAUGAGAUGGAAGUUGACAAGAAGGAAGCACCGGCUAAUGAAGAUGAGGACACAAACAACCAACUAACAACAUCUGAGGAAAAGAAGCCGUCUGAUUCUGGCUCGCUAGAUGCUGAAAUUUCUGAUGAUGAGCUUCUGCACGUGGAAGAAACGUGCGGGGAAGAAAUAAAUAGGUGGGAACAACCAUCACUUAUCAAGCUGCUAGAUUUGGACAAUGUGGAAUUUGCAGCAUGCUAAAUCAGUGCAAGACUUUGACUGUCGAUGAGAGUAUUAUUCAACUUGUGGACUGGAUGAAUAAAGUUUCUGUAUCCCUGCUGUAGAUGGUAAGAGUAAAUAUUGUACAAGACUUUUGCCUUGGUCCUUGGUAUAGUUGCCGGGAUUCAGUUUGCAGUGGGUUUAUAUGUACCUUUGGAGAUUUGUGUAUGAUUUGGUGACUAAGAUUUAGGCCCUAGUGUACAGCACUGCUUCUAUUAAGCUUUGUAGCCCAGCUUCUGAUUUGUAUGUAUGUUGUGAAUUGUGAUGGGAUAGUUGUGAGCAAUAUCUGAGGAGUAUGUUCUUCUUUCUAGUUCUGUAACAGUAGUGAUUUCACGCUCGUGGCAAAUUAUUUUCACAAAUAAUGAACAAGAAUUAGAUGUGUUUAAAAGCCCACAAUAAAG